GCCAGUAACCCAUCUUCGUAGUACAGGUCUCAGGAUUUGUGAAAAAUCUCUUUGUGCAAUUACUGUUCCAUUUACCGCAUUUAACUGCCUCACAAAGCACACCGUAAUCUAAACUAUCAGCUCAGAAAUGCAUCGUGUCAGGGCAGGUAGUUUAUUACCUGCAAUGCUAGUGGUAGCAUUAACACUGACAGUUUUCACAAGAAAAAUUAAUUUUGCCAUCUCGCUAGCUUGGUCAAAUUAGAGGUGGUUCAUAGCUGCGCCCCCUAGUGGAACCUCCUUAUAGUGCCAAAGAGUUUUAUAAUGGAAACUUCGGUGACUCAGCUGAGGCUGUGAGGUUUCUGGGCACACACUCCCCCCGAUCUCCCUCGGCGUCCAAGGCCUCUGUAUCCAGCUUCAUUUUGCAAGAACAAUCUGUUUCUAAAAUAGAGGAGGGGAGAAAAAAAUAAAAACUGUGGAAACACUGAAGUUUGUUUGGAAGAACUUAUAAAUCGAGGUCCUGCAGGGAUCUGUUUUAUUGUCGUUAAGUAAACACUUCCUGGGAAGUUUGGAAAUACUGUUAUGGAAUUUGGCUUAAUCAAUCACCAGUGCCUCAUUUAAUAACGCUAAUGAAAAACACUAUGUCCGAUUCAUCCAUCCCCUCCAUCUAUCAUCCUUCAUUAAUUGUAGUUAAUUAAUGGAAAUUAAAAUAUGAGGUGCUUUAAGUGCUCAAUCAGCUUGUUCCCCUGGUGUACACACCCUGUUCGAAAUGCUUCACACUGACACACACUGCACUGCUCUCUGUCCCCAAAACCCUCAAACAAAAGCUUCAGACCCGUUCCCUUGAUGUCAGUGUGUAUUCCAGUGUUCAUUUACACACAGCCUUAAUUUUAAAGCAGUGUAUUACCUUACACUGGCUCUGUCAGGGCAUUGGCCUGAGUGGCAUGUAGAUAAGCCCCUUGUUUUUAAUGUUAUGGUAAUUUGUGUGCAGUUUUGCAGUUUACACACGUUUUGGUGCAUGGGCAACAUAAGAAUGCUUUCAAGUGUUGGUGAGUGAUGCAGUGUGCUGGGCUGACGGUGAAUAAUGCAGUGUGCUGGGCUGGCGGUGAGUGAUGCAGUGUGCUGGGCUGACGGUGAGUGAUGCAGUGUGCUGGGCUGACGGUGAGUGAUGCAGUGUGCUGGGCUGACGGUGAGUGAUGCAGUGUGCUGGGCUGACGGUGUUCGCCUCAGACUGCCAGCCCCACAGCCCAGACGCCAUCGGAAAGGAGCGUGGAAACCGUGUCUAUUAUCACCUAUUUAUCGGCCUUUCUGUUCCCGAGGAGGCAGUGACACACACUCAGGGAAGGCACCUGGGCUCCAUCCAGCGUGUCCGCUAAGAGCCCGACGUCUGAGAACCGCUAAUGAAAGGAAAACCAGCCGCAAGGCCACUAUUUACAUAACAGCACUCAAUACAUUAACAACGAGAGCCCUGGCCAAGCGCUCCUUAUUUUUUAAGGCAUCCCUCCCUGAUGUGCACUAUAGUUCUUGGAAGCCCGUUAGGGUUCCACCUUAAAAAAAUUACGAUCGGUUUGCAGGCGUAGCGGUCUUUGUCGUAGCAAAUUACAUAUUGUCUUGGAUCGUGAUAUAAAACAUCUGGGAGUCAAAUGUCUGUGCGGAGGUUUAUAACGAGGCCGGGGCUCUUCCAGGGAGCCAGACGCUGUGGGCUGAGAAGCAGGAACCCAGGAUGCAGCUGACUUUGUGGUUCGUGCCCCUGCUGGCCUCAGCCUGGGGUUAUCCCAACUACCUAUACGAAGAGCCCUGGGUCAACUUGUUCCGGCAGGGCUUCAACUUCCAGUGCCCCCACGGUGAAGCGCUUGUGGCCAUCCGGAGCUACUUCAGCGAGGCGGAGGGGUCCGACCGCUUGUGGACCUUCGAGUGCCAGCCCACCCCUUCCAGCCUGGGGGAGCCCACUGAGUGCUGGUGGGACGACAUCAACCGCGCCGGGAUGGAAUGGACCUCCAUGUGCUCCAACAACGGGCUGGUGGCCGGGGUUCAGAGCCAGUACUUCAGUGCCGUGCUGGACCGCGAGUGGCAGUUUUACUGCUGCCGCUACAGCCGCAGGUGCCCAUACUCCUGCUGGAAGACCAACGAUGUUCCGGAAUAUUACAGGGAAGAGGCUGAGAUGGUCAUUCCAGGCUAUGGAUACUUCAUUCGAGGGGCCCAGACCACCUUCAGUGCUGUGCUCAGGGAUCGCCAGUGGAAGUACAUCCUGUGCCAGAUGACUGACUUUGACUGUGAAUUUGAAAACUUCUAAAAGGCUGAAAGUCAUUUCUGUGACACCCACUGCACCACCUCACCUUCCCCGUCCACCCACCACAACCAAGGACUUUUCCAGUUAACAACCACCCUAUUGAAAAACAGCUGAUACUGGGUUACUGGUUUGCAUGCUGGGAGCUGGGUGUCUACAGGGCUGUGACCUUGUUACCCUUCUUGUUACCCUUUUGUACAAGUUUAUUUGUAAUCCUACACCUUUUGAAAUUAGUAACCACUGUCAUUAAUGUCUGCAAUGCAUAUAUUUCUUUUUUAUUUUAUGAUUUUAAUUUAGCCUGGUUAUUGGAACUUUCGGUUCAAUGAAAAAGCAUUACUGGGAAGUCAUAUCCGUUUCUUCGGUAAGCAGUACUCAGAAUUACUGAAACAGAACACAAUAAAUAAGCAGUUUGACUACAGAGCUGCCCUCUCCUCCCCUCCGAGGCAUGAUUGAGUGAUGUGUGUUUUUCCUGACUUUUUGGGGGAAAAAAUAGUUCCCAAGGUGUUAGUGUAGGGUUGUGUUUCUAAGAGAAGCCUCACCCAGUCUGCCUCUCCGUAAACCUCAGCAAACUGCCUGAAUGACAUGUCCCUUUAUUCUCUGACAAUCGGAGGAAAUAAAAUGGAAAUGGCUUUG